UGCUGCUAUAGCUGCAAUGCACAAAUCCUUGGCGCCGUUCGAAGCAAGGCAAUCAAUCACGAAUACCUUCCCCACGAGGCUCUCAUCCUCACCAACGGGAACGUCAGGCGCUGUAUAUAGAGGCACACAAGUCGUCAUGUCGAUAGUGCGGCGAUGAAUGCGCACUCCACUCUGUCCUCAUAGCGGCACACCACACGCGAGGCAGACCAUGGCGGCCUUUUCAGCAUCAGGGUUCGAUGCCCAAGCCUACUUCAAAGCCCGACCACAGUAUCCCGAACCCAUCUUUGAUCUCAUCUACGCUUUCCACUCUCACUCGGGGUCAACAGCACGAUUCGAACGCGCACUAGACCUGGGAACGGGUCCAGGUCUGCUAGCCUACCCUCUGACGUUGCGUUUCAAGCAUGUGAUAGCUAGCGAUCCAUCCAGCUCCAUGCUGGCUCAAGCCAAGUCCAUCAACCCCAGCACGGAUCUGGAAGCGAUGAAAGGCCAAGCUGUUCCCCCUGAUCACACGCUGCAAUUCUUGACGGCGUCGGUGGAGCAUCUAAAAGGUGUGGAGGAUCAGAGCGUGGAUCUCGUCGUAGGAGCCGCCGUAGCUCACUGGUUCGACUGGUUCGCGGAGCCGAAUGGUGAAAGAGUGUGGAGGGAGUUGGAAAGAGUCUUGAGGCCUGGUGGUAGUGUGGUCUUUGUAGGUUACAUGGUGGCAGCAGCAGCGGGUUUGGAAGUAUUCAACAAGUACUGCGUCGAGUCAUUGUCCCAGCAUCCAGACAGGCUGGGCAAAUACUAUGACCUGGUGCGUGCGUGCGAUGACAAAUUUCUUUGCAAGGUCCUCGCAUGAUUUGACGUCGACCGCCGCUCUUCUGAUCCUUGCCAGGACAACCCCCAAGCGCCCGUCCAAAUUGUAAGGAGCUGCUACGACAUGAUUCCGCCUCCUCGGGCACCGGCCUGGGACGAAUCGCGAACCUUUAGCCUGAAGCAAGACAUAGACCCAUCCAUCUUUACAUCGACCGCGCCUCCAUCUGCA